AUCCCUGGUAAUGCGCACAUAGCGGCGUUUGUUUAAAAAUAUUGCAGCACAAAAAUGUCUCAACAAAUCCGCGUUGUACAAUGUGUUGAGUGCAGUUUAUAUCAGGUGGAUAUAGUUAAGAAGACAAAUAGAUGGGAAUGUAAGGUAUGCGAUGCUAAACAGGUGAUGCAAAAGGAAUUUUUUCGCGGGUCCGGUGCUGAAUGCCGUGCAAAGGUGCAACAGUUAAAUCUGGAUUGCGGGCAACGCAAGGAAGCACAGGCAAAACGUAUGAUAUUGGAGGUACAGGCAGAAAACCUGGGUGACCGUGCAUUGGUUGAGCUGGCAGAUCAACUGAAAUCAUCGCACCGCACUGGAGGUUCAAGCAAAUGGGCUGAGUACACCGAUGAACCAAUUACAGAUACUUGCUCUGGCUCAAAUAGACAUAUUCAACCCAAAGAGUUAGAUGAGCCUGACAACAGUUCUUUUUACAAAAAGAAAAGCGGUUCCAACAAGCGCAAAGCACAAACCGCUUUUGUAUAUGAUACCAAGACCAACUCAAAAUGGCAAAACUUUCUGUAGUGAAAACGAUUAAUAAAAUAAAGUAUUUGUAAUUAAUGUAUUUUUAUUAAAA